CAAACUUUCAUUUCAGAUUAGAAGCUACGCAGGAGGGCAGACCAUUUUUUUGUUACAUUGAAAAGGUUUUUUACAGCCAUGAAAGUACUCCUAUUUGUCGCAGCGGUCGCCCUGAUUCACGGCAGUUAUGCCACUUUGCUCAUUAAAGGGCCAACCCAGCCUGUUCUGGAGGGAGAGAGUAUCACACUGGAGUGUCUGUACUCAGACUCUGAGCACAACAUCAGCCACGUCCACUUUGAGGUGUUCUCCAAGUACAUGGAGCGCUGGCAUGUAGUUUGGGAACGAUCUUGGUGCUACUAUUCAGUGUACAUCGAGCAGGUGGGUGACAGUCUCUUCCUGACAAUUCCUCGAGCAGGGAGGUACUAUGAGGGGCCCUACCGCUGUGUGUCCGACUUCGACAAUGUGACUGCCCCAGAGAACUCCUCCCAGCUGCUGGAAUUCAAAGUGCAUUACAUGGGAGAGCUGUCACUGACCAGGGAAGGCUACUCCAGCUACCUGGGUGUCCCACAGGAGCUGAAAGUACGAGCCGGCGAUGAUGUGGUGGUGAAGUGCUCUGCCAGCUCAUCAGAGGAGCCGAGCUACUCCUGGCAAAAAGAGGGUGACGACUGGAUCUUACCUUUGUCUAAACUGACGCUGAAGAAGGUGAGCAAAGAGAGUGAAGGGCAGUACACUUGCAUGGCCGAGCACCCCUCUGUGGAGUCACUCAGCAAGAAACGCACCAUCACCAUCACUGUGCUGCCUGAGGAUUCCCCCUGGUAUGAGACUACUAAUGGUCGUCUCACGUUGAUGACCUCGGCGGCUGCUGCAGCUCUCGUGGUGCUCGUCCUCUCAAUGAGUGUAUUCCUGUGCUCCAGGGCCAAGCAGACCAAGACCAGCAAGGGGCCCAUUGAUGACCGUUCUCAGAAGAAGCCCAUCUACAAAUCCAGUGUGGAGUCCUUACCCUCCACCUGCGGAGACAAACAACCUCUGGUGUGACUGCACAUCCAGGUGGCUGGAUGAGGGGGAGGGAAAUGGAAGAGUGGAUGGAGUGAGAGAUGAGGAAGAGGGAAUAGGUGGUCAGAAAAUGAGGGAUGGCAUAGUAGAGAUACUCCAAGAAUGAAGAGAUGGUAUAGGGUUAUAGAUGGUCACAUUGGGGGAGAAGAGAAGGAGGAAAAGAGGGAGGCAAAGAAGAAUAUUGGGAAACUAUAGGGAGAGCAAAAUCGAAAUCAGUAACAAGCAGGGUGCUAAAAAAAGCCCUGAAGGGUAAAUGAUUGCUUUAGAGACAUAGAAGCUGCUUUGCUUGUGAGUGUAGCCAGCAGUUAUGCAACUUGGACAAAAAGGUGGGCAAUUUUCUCUUCAUUUAUUCUGCAGUGUGGAAAAUGGUUAGCAACAUGCUUGGAAAGACCUUGGUGAUGAGUCCUGUGUACUGUAAGGGCUGUUAAGACUCCACUCGCAAUUCUUUUCUCUCUGUUGCGAGAAUAAUUGCAUGGUCUUAUAUUGAGAAUGAACCAUUAGGGUGCUAGGACAAGGUUUUAUUUUCUUGUCCGAAGCAGAAGCAACGCAAAAAACAUAAAACAAAGAGUUUUAUUAUAAUCUCUUUACUGUGACAGCUCUCAGGCACAUAGCACUGUAUUAUUUAAUUUUCUGUACUUUGGAUUUCUUUGACAUUAAAUUGCUUUGAGGAAAUAUU